CCUAGCCCAGUAUUCCAGGUCCUGGCAAUAUAGGGUAGGCAGAAUUUUCAAUUUCUCCUAUUUUUUUUUCUUUUCUUUUUAGAGAUAUGAGUAUAUAUUUUCAAUAAUAUUGAUCUUAUCUUGGCCUAUACAUUUGAGUCCGUGUGCCACUCUUUUUAACGACACUCGAUUUGUGUGCUCUCAACGCAGAAAUUGGGCAAAACUUUCCACCUGCUUCUCCCUUUGCCUCCAUCUAUUUGUCUUCUUUUUUCUUUGCAAACACUCAACACAAUUCCCUAACCCUAAACAAGAUAAUAAAUAUAUAUAUAGCAGAAUAUGAUGGGAGGUGGAAAUAAUGGAGCGCUAUCAGUUCCACCAGGAUUCCGAUUCCAUCCAACAGACGAGGAAUUACUGUAUUAUUACCUCAAGAAGAAGGUUUCCUAUGAACCUAUCGACUUUGAUGUUAUUAGAGAAGUGGAUCUCAACAAACUCGAGCCAUGGGAUCUCAAAGAGAAAUGUAGAAUCGGGUCGGGUCCCCAAAACGAAUGGUACUUCUUCAGCCACAAGGACAAAAAGUACCCGACGGGGACCCGAACGAACCGGGCGACGGCAGCCGGUUUCUGGAAGGCGACCGGGAGAGACAAGGCCAUCCAGAUGAGCAACUCAAGGAGAAUAGGGAUGAGGAAAACCCUAGUUUUCUACACGGGCCGGGCCCCCCACGGCCAGAAGACCGAUUGGAUCAUGCACGAGUACCGCCUCGACGACGACACCGCUCCUCCCAAUGAAAUCCAGGAGGAUGGAUGGGUGAUCUGUAGGGUUUUCAAGAAGAAAAACCUGAGCCGAGGCUUCCACGCCGACGUCGAGCAAGAAGAGCCGCCGAUAUCUUUCCACGCCUUGCAGCAAGACACGUUCAAUUCCAUGCAUCUCCCCCAACUACUCAGUCCCGAACAAGCGGCUUCGUUCAUUCCAAUGGCGGGGCCUUCCUUUAUCCACCACGACAAGCUCUCCGGCGACUGGUCGUUUCUCGACAAGCUGCUCGCCACUCAGCACACCAUGGAUCACAUUACCAAAUGCCAACAAUUUCCGCACGUGCCUGAUUUGCUUCCGCCGACCCAGCGCUUUCCCUUUCCGUAUCACGAUUUCUCCAAGUAGGAUUUGUUCCUUCUCCUAUGUUCUAAAGAUGCAUGUUAGUUCCACAUUUCCAGUAUUUUAUCAAGUGUCUUUGGACCUCAUCAUCCCUAUCCAUGGAACUAUUAUACAAAAUUUUAGUUUUAAUUUAUUUAUUUAUUAGA